AGCAAAUAGUGGACAGAGAUGAAGACCCUUCUUAUAGUAACAUGUGUGCUGAGUAUAAACCUAGUAUUGGGUCAAGAAAUCUGUCCCAGCGGAUUUGUGUACUGGGAUAAGACUGGUUAUUGUUAUAGAUACUUUUCGAAUCUGUUAACUUUCAAUGAUGCUGAUUCUUACUGUGGAACCCUUGCGGCAGCGUGUUCUUUGGCGUCAAUUCAUUCUCUAUCAGAAGAUGGUUUUAUUCGCGAUGUAGUGGUUGGCAUGAGUAACUAUUACUGGAUUGGACUUAAUGACAUAGGUUGGAAUGGAGAUUUUGUUUGGACGGAUCAUAGUUCUUUCGUUUGGUCUAAUUGGGGAUGUGGUGAGCCUAACAAUACCAAUCAGGAAGAUUGCACUCAUGCUAAUUUCGGUUUAUCACACCGAUGGAAUGACGAAAACUGCAGCGUCAGAUUGUCAUUUGUUUGUAAAGUUUUAGCAAACUAAACAACAAUAAAGUUCAUAUAAAAGAGCGACAGAAAAACACAUGCUAUCUGGGAACGAUCGGUACAUCAUAUUAUACAGCAAUAAGCAGACUUAGUAUAUUUAAUUCAUAAAACCAUGUUCGGUAUUCACAUAUGCUACUAGUUGUAUGCUUUGAUACAUUGAAUAAAGACUUUCGCUCAAUUUA